AUGACGGUCAACGCUAGUCUCUACAUUGACUUCCCUGAAGAUAGGACUAAGUUUCACUUCACAACCCCAAAUCGAUUACAAGAUGAGCUUACAAGUAUAGAGGAGACAUGCAACAGUCUUGUUUCAUCGUCUGAUGAGAAAGGAAGAACAAUGCUACAUUAUGCGGCUGAGAUAGGCUUCCUUGAGGGUGUCAAAUUCUUGUUGGAGAAACACCCAGCACUCGUCUACAAACCUGAUAAUGAUGGCUUCUUUCCUAUUCACAUGGCCUGCAGAGGAGGCAAUAUGGAAGUGAUCAAACAUUUCUUUUCAUGCUCUUGGCUGCGUAACAAUAUUGUUUUUAUGAAGCAUCUGAGCAAUAGUAAGGAUCAAAACAUUCUUCAUGUUGCCGCCGGUGAUGGACAAGAUGAUGUGGUUAAAUAUCUCCUGGGGCGGCCGUGUAAUGAGGUUGAAGAAAUGAUCAAUGCGAAAGACAUUGAUGGUAACACACCUUUGCAUUUGGCUACCAUGGGAUAUCAUUUUAAGGUAGUUUUUACAUUGACGAGCGAUGAAAGGGUUAUGUUAAUGCUACAAAAUAUGCAAGGUUUCACUGCACUUGAUUUAACUGAGGUAUAUUUUGGUACCAUUGUUCCCUCGUUCAAAGAGCGCAUGACUUGGAUAAUUUUGGUCGUUACAAAUGUGCCCCGAUCUCCAGUAAGCAUGGAUCAAGACUUGACAACCCCCUACAACCUCAAUAGUAGUGGGUCACAAGACUCACAAAAUAAUGUCAUAUAUCCAAAUCCAACUUUGGCAAGGGAGAAUAUAAUCAACAGCAAUAGCGAUUACCGUGAUAGAUUUAACAUUCUCCUAUUAGUAUCUACCCUUGUUGCAACCGUGACUUUUGCAGCAGGAUUCACCCCUCCUGGUGGAUAUGAUUCAACCGCGCAAAUGGUCAGCAAGGCGCAUAGACAUGCCUUUCAGAUAUAUAUCAUUAGCAACACCAUUGUGCCUUGUACAGUUCAAUCUUCGCUGUUGUGA